GUAUUGCCCAAACACCCCCGAAAAUCGCUCGCUCGCUAUAAAAGCGCCCGUCCUUUUCCGACAGAGCACAGUCUUCGCUUGUCCUUUGCUCUAGAACAUCCCAGAAACUCACAAACACCAUCAUGUACAAGAUCGUAGCAGUAUCUUUGGCCCUCAUCGCCGCCGUGAGCUGUGCUCCCCAAUACGGCCACCAACAGCAAUCCUACGGAGGUCACGGCUACCACCAGGAGCCCUCCUACCCUUCGCAGCCAAUCAAAUACGAGUUCAAAUACUCCGUCCACGACCCCCACACCCACGAUGUUCACAGCCAGGAAGAGAGCGGAGACGGUCACUACGUCAAGGGAGUCUACAAGCUCCAGGAGCCCUACGGCGGAGAGCGCACCGUCCACUACUCUGACGAAGGCCACGGAUUCGUCGCCCACGUUCAGACAUCCAAGAUCUCGCAUCCCCAGAACUACGGACAUGGUGGUUACGGACAUCAACAACCCGCCAAAUACUAAACUUCUGCAUUUACUCAGCUCUAGGGUCUGAAGACUGAUUUCUGCCCCCGCAGUGCGUCACUAGUCGCCAGUGACGUCAUCAUGUUACUAGUCAAAAACGAAUUAUGGCUCAUACGCUUACUCACCGACAAGAGGUCGACCAACGUCUCUAUCCUUGUCCUCCUCCUCCUGCUUUCGUCUUUCAAAAAGUUGUACCCGUCGCUCUUGCAACGAUUUUCGAUGUAAGGAGGAGGCUCCGAAAUUUUUGGAAUUAUAUUAAUUCUGUUGUAAAUAUUGAAUAAAAUUUUCGAAAGAUCUGCAA